GCGCCCUCUCCGCGGGGGCAGCGGCGGGCCCGGAACUGCGCAAGCGCGGCGCCGCCGGCCCCGAGCGGUUCACUUCCGGGGGUCGCGCCGCCCGGCUCUCCAGGCAGGGCUCGCUGCCCUCGUGUGUGCUCGGCGGCCGCCUCCCUCCGACCGGCCCGGCGGGACCCACCCGAACCGAGCCGCGGGGCCCGCUCCGGCCCGGCCAUGAGCGCGGCCGCAUGAUGCGUCCCUGCCUCGGCCGCUGCAGUCGCCGCCGCCGCAGGCCGGGAGGAGCCGCAGCGCCGGGCGACUCCGCCCGGGCCUCGGAUCCUGUCACAUGUGACACUAUGCACCUUAAGAUCCUGAAGAAAAGGCGCAAGAUGUUCAAGUAAUGUUUCGAGAUCAUCUGUGAGGGUGUGCAGGGAAAUCAUGCCGUCAUCAGGACACCGGCUCCGGGAUGUCGAGCAUCACCCUCUCCUGACCGAAAAUGACAGUUACGACUCUUCGUCCUCCUCGUCCUCAGAGGCCGACGUGGCAGACAGGGUCUGGUUCAUCCGCGACGGCUGCGGCAUGAUCUGUGCCAUCAUGACGUGGCUCCUGGUUGUCUACGCGGACUUUGUGGUGACAUUCGUCAUGCUGCUGCCUUCCAAAGACUUCUGGUACUCUGUGGUCAACGGAGUCCUGUUUAACUGCCUAGCAGUGCUGGCCCUGUCGUCCCACCUGAGAACCAUGCUCACCGACCCUGGGGCAGUACCCAGAGGAAACGCGACGAAAGAGUACAUGGAGAGCUUGCAGCUGAAGCCGGGGGAGGUCAUCUACAAGUGCCCCAAGUGCUGCUGCAUCAAGCCCGAGCGCGCCCACCACUGCAGUAUUUGCAAAAGAUGCAUCCGGAAGAUGGACCAUCACUGCCCGUGGGUGAACAACUGUGUAGGAGAAAAGAAUCAGAGGUUUUUUGUGCUCUUCACGAUGUACAUAGCUCUGUCCUCCGUACACGCUCUCAUCCUCUGUGGGCUCCAGUUCGUCUCCUGUGUCCGAGGGCAGUGGACUGAGUGCAGUGACUUCUCACCCCCCGUGACUGUAAUCCUGUUGGUCUUCCUGUGCCUUGAGAGUCUUCUGUUUUUCACUUUCACUGCAGUCAUGUUCGGCACCCAGAUCCACUCCAUAUGCAACGACGAAACGGAGAUCGAGAGGCUGAAGAGCGAGAAGCCGACGUGGGAGCGAAGGCUGCGAUGGGAGGGGAUGCGGUCUGUCUUCGGGGGGCCCCCCUCACUCCUCUGGAUGAACCCCUUUGUUGGCUUCCGGUUUGGGCGGCUGCAGACCAGACCCAGGAAAGGGGGCCCAGAGUUCUCGGUCUGAGGCCUCAUCGUGCCAGGACUUGUCACCAGACUUAAGUUAUUUAUUUGGGGUCUGAAAGGGUAUGAGCAGCUCACCUGUGACCAUUAGGGCAGACGGAACCUACACAGACCGGCUGCUUGUGGCAAGCAGAGUUUUCUAGAUUUAUAGUCACAGACCACAUUUUUCCAGACCAGUGACGGGGUGACGCUCUGGCCAGUUUUUGCCUGUACGACUAACGAGAGGUACGUGGCCACGUGAAGAAGCCAAAUGUCAUUAUCUUCCUCACGGUUAGGGUUUUUGUUAAGAACACUUGGCAUUUUCUGAGAAGUCGCAUGGGCUGUUCCAUGGUGAUUGAAGUCCUGUGUACUAAGCUGCUUUUUUCAAUCAUGAAGAAAAAACAAAAGUCAAUCCAGUGAGUGAGAUUUCUCCAGCUAACGGUUUCAGGGCGUUUGUGUCGACCCGGGGCUUCAUCAGUGCCCUCGCUCGAGCAAGGAGGGGCGCUUGCACGGAGACACAUUGUGAUCUCAGUGAGCUCCGACACUUUGCACUGAAUACGCAGAAGACCGCAGCAGUGGCUUCAGGUUCGCUCGCACUGCCCUGGAAGCGCGUGCUUGGACCCUUUCGGCAAGUCUGUGCGUGUGUGUCUGUGUGUGUGCGCAUGUGCGCGUGUGUGUCUAUGCGUGUGCGCUUCAGCAUUGGCCGUGUUUUCUAGGGGACGUGACCGGUAAUAGCCGCGUACAGCCAACAGGCUGUUUUUUAGAAGCCGACGUUUCAGGGAAGAGGAGAGAGCUGCCACGGGACCCUUGUCCCGCGGGCAUUACUAUGAAUGUAUUGCAUUUUGGAGAAUAUCUUGAUCCAAAGAACAAUCACUCGUGUGUGGUCCUUCGUUGCCUGCCUGCUUUAACUUUAUUUUGAAGAUCUUGGGUGCGUGAGGGCCUUGGAGCUGCCGUGGUUUUGUUCCAGCCACGUCAGCAGAGUACGGACGGCACCUCAGUUAAGGGAACAGUUAAGGCUCGUGCCGGCCUCACCCUUUGUGCUGCCAGAUGUCGGUCUGGGUGUGGAGGAGGGCGGGCCCGGCCACGGGGACUCACAUAGCGAGCCGGGGCGGG